AUGGCACAAAACACUACACCUCAUGAAAGCCCCAAUAUCGACAUGAUUCAUCACGCUUCACUACGGUUGCUAGGCACGAUGCUGCCUGGCCCGAUCGAAGCCUCGUCCAGGGUUUUCCUUCCAGCCAGUCCACAUAACAGUCCAGCAACGGUUACAUUGUCCGCAAAAAGACCUGUUUCUAAACUCCGGACAGCAGUCAUUAAUUGGGGGCAGGAACUGGCUAGCAUUGCUUUUAGUCUUUGCCUGUGGCUUCCAAUAAUCAUCGGUAUAUUGCACGUUUAUGAUGGGCGCCCUCUGGCGGACUGGCCGCUUCCAAUCACACUCAACGCCCUUAUCGCUUUCAUUUCAACUGCCUGUCGGACGCCUUUUAUCUUCUCAUUAGUGCAGGCUCUCGCUCAGCAACGGUGGGAUUGGUAUGAAAGCCCAAGGUCACUUGGCGAUUUUAGUGUUUUUAUGAGGCUUCGAGAGGAAUAUGGGGAAGUGUGA